AUGAAAUGCGGGUCGGCCCGGUUCUCCCAGGAGCCGGCGGAUCAGGCGGUGGUGCGCGGCCAGAGGGUCAUCCUCUUCUGCGUGGUCUUCAACUACUCGGGCAUCGUCCAGUGGACCAAGGAUGGCCUGGCAACUGGGAUCGGGGAGGACCUCCGAGCUUGGCCGCGGUACCGCGUCAUGCGCGUCCACGACCUGGGCCAGUACAACCUGGAGAUCCUGUCCGCGGAGCUGUCCGACGACUCGCUGUACGAGUGCCAGGCCCCCGACGCUGCCCUGCGCUCCCGCAGGGCCAAGCUCACCGUCCUCAUCCCCCCUGACGACCCGGUGAUCGACGGGGGUCCGGAGGUGCUGCUGACGGCGGGGGAGUCCUACAAACCUGAGCUGUGUGUCCCGCGGAGCCAAGCUCGCUCCAACAUAGAGUGGCUCAAAGACGGCCUACCUGUGGCCGGCGCUGUGGCCACCGAUGAAGUGCUGCCGGACAGGAAGCGGGUGACCACGCGGAGCUACCUGCCCAUCGAGCCAGUGGACGGGGACACGGGGAAGAACUACAGCUGUGUGGCCACCAACCUGGCCAUGCCCACCGGGAAGACCACCACCGUCACUCUCAACGUGCACCACCCCCCCACGGUGACCCUGUCCAUCGAGCCCCGCUCCGUCCUGGAGGGAGACCGGGUGACCUUCACCUGUCAGGCUAAUGCUAACCCACCCAUCAUGGGCUACAGGUGGGCUAAGGGAGGCGUGGUGCUCCAGGGGGCUCGGGAGAGUGUGUUCACUACCAAGGCGGACCACUCCUUCUUCACCGAGCCCGUCUCCUGCCUGGUGUUCAACGCCGUGGGCAAGACCAACGUUAGCAUUCUGGUGGACGUGCACUUUGGGCCGAUCCUAUUGGUGGAGCCCCAGCCCCAGACGGUGGACAUGGAGUCCGACGUCAGCCUCAACUGCAAGUGGGGGGGCAACCCGCCACUCACCCUCACCUGGUUUAAGAAGGGCACCAACAUGGUGCUCAGCAACAACCCGCUGCUGUACCUGACGUCCGUGAGCCAGGCGGACGCGGGCCAGUACGUGUGCAAGGCCAUCGUGCCGCGCAUCGGGGUGGGCGAGACGGAGGUCACCCUCACCGUCAACGGCCCCCCCAUCAUCUCCAGUGAUCCAGUCCAGUUUGCCGCCAGGGGGGAGCAUGGAGAGGUCACAUGUUACAUCGCCAGCACCCCCCCGCCCGACAAGAUUGUGUGGGCGUGGAAGGAGAACGUGUGGGAGAAGGAGCGCGGCACGCUGCUGGAGCGCUACACGGUGGAGCAGAGCCGGCCGGCGGGCGACGGCGCCGGGGUGCUCUCCACCCUCACCAUCAACAACAUCAUGGAGGCCGACUUCCUGUCCACCUACAACUGCACCGCCUGGAACGCCUUCGGGCCCGGCACCAUGAUCAUCAGCCUGGAGGAGAAGGAGGACACUCCGGUCGGGGUUAUUGCCGCUGUGACGGUGGGCGGAACCAUCUUCCUCUUCUUCGGCCUGCUGGUGCUCGUGCUCAUCUUCUACCGCCAGCGCAAAGGCAGUCGCCGCGGGGUCACCCUGGGUAAGCCAGACAUCAAGGUGGAGACGAUCAACAAGGAGACCCACAGCUUGGAGGAGGACUCUGGCAGCGUGUCUACCGCCUCACGCAUGGUCAAAGCCAUGUACUCGCCGUUCAAAGACGACAUCGAGCUCAAGUCGGACAUGCGCAGUGAAACGCUAGACACCCGCCAGGAGUACGACUUGAAGGACCCCACCAACGGCUACUACAACGUCCGCGCCUCCACCCACGACGAGGCGGGCCGCCCGGCCUCCCGCUCCACCCUGCAGUACUCGGACUACCGCUCCCCCUCCGGCACCCCGGGGGGCGCCACCUCCCUCAGCGGCAGCAGCAGCGCGGGGGGCUCGGGCGCCACGGCCAGCGGCGGUGGCGGCGGCGGCGGCGGCGGCGGCAGCAUCAGCGGCGCGGAGCGCGUCGGCGGCCCCCCGCCCGGCCCCCUCACCUCGCCCGGGCGGCCCCAGGCCUGCUACGACCCGCGCCCCCCCUCCAGACUCUCCCACAUCAGCUACGCCCAGUUCAACACCUUCACCCGCGGUGGGGGCAGCGGCGGCGGCGGCGGCGACAGGGGCGGCGGUCAGAACCAGCAGCUGCCCCAGGGCAACGCCCCGCCCGGGCCCCCGCUGCAGCAGGCCGGGGACUUCCCCGGGGACUGCGGCGGCGGCGGGCUCCUGGACGCGGGCCCCCAGCAGCUGGCCUACGACAACUACGGCUACCCCUCGCACUACUCCUCCUACCGCAUGGGCUUCGCCCCGGCCAGCCUGGCCCCGCUGGAGGCCGGGCCCUCCUACGAGAUGUACAGCGUGGGGGGCCCGCCUGGCCUCGGCCCUAGCGGCAUGGGCCCCGGCGGGCAUGGCCCCAGCGGGAUGGGCCCCAGCGGGAUGGGCCCCAGCGGGAUGGGCCCCAGUGGGAUGGGCCCCAGCGGUCAUGGCCCCAGCGGGAUGGGUCUCAGCGGAAUGGGCCCUAGCGGGAUGGGCCCUAGCGGGAUGGGCCCCAGUGGGAUGGGCCCCAGCGGUCAUGGCCCCAGCGGUAUGGGCCCUAGCGGUAUGGGCCCUAGCGGUAUGGGCCCCAGCGGGAUGGGCCCUAGCGGGAUGGGCCCCAGCGGUAUGGGCCCCAGCGGGAUGGGCCCCGGAGGUCUAGGCUCCAGCGGUUCGUUGGGUCCCGGUGCCCCCGGUGGAGGAGUGGGGCCGGGGGCCGUGGGAGGUCCCCCCGGGGGGCUGGGUGGGGGACCCCCGCCAGGGCCGGAGGCUCCGGGACUGGGGGGGAAGUACGGCAGUUCCACACGCUUCUCCUACACGUCGCAGAACUCCGAGUACUCACACAGCCGCCACACACAGCGCAUGCAGACUCACGUGUGAGGGGGAGGGAGGGAGAGGGGGAGAGAGGGAGAGAGGCAGGGGGAGAGAGAGAGCGAGAGAGAGAGACCCGCGGUGCCCUGGGUGAAACGCGGGGACUUGAAGGGUCUUGUAAAUCUAGUGUUAGGACUCGCGCAAACAUGCACACAAACUGGUGCACAUACACUCGUGAAGACACGCUUAUAUUGAUGCAUUACAUACGUAGCCAAAAUGUAAAAACAUGCACAAACACCAAUUUACCAAGACACACUCGCACAGACACACACACGCACACACACACACACACACACACACACACACACACACACACACACACACACACACACACACACACACACACACACACACACACACACACACACACACACACGCAUACACGCACACACACAUUAAACUAACUUUAACUAUGAAAUUAAGAAAGGUUGAAAAACUUAGAACUGGAGUGAGAGAGAGAUAGAGAGUGAAAGAGAGAGCGAGAGGGAGAGAGAAGAGAGAGAGAGAGAGAGAGAGAGAGAGAGAGAGAGAGAGAGAGAGAGAGAAAGAGAAAAAGAGCGAAAGACCAAAUGAAAAUGUGGCAACUUAAUGAGACAGGGAAGGCGGCAAGCUUCAACGAAACGUUGAAAUGCCCUCGCUCCCGAUGUAUCUACCUUAUAUAUAUAUAUACACACACCCGGGCUCUUUAAAAAAGAGCCGACAGUGCAAGCCACAAUCAGGAUGGGGGAAAGUGUUAGCCUAGCCGAUGCUAUUUCAGACUGUGGAGGAGACGUCUGGCGCAGGAGAAAGAGACUGUCAAAGAGCUUGUCUUGUACAGCUGAAUCUGAAGAAACCUCAGCCCGGUGAAAGGGUGUUUGUAGGCCACGAUUCAUGUUUUGUUUAUAUAUAUAUAUAUAUAUAUAUAUAUAUAUAUAUAUAUAUAUAUAUAUAUAUAUAUAUAUAUAUAUAUAUAUAUAUAUUUAUAUAUAUUUUUUUUUUUUCCAUGUCUACAGCAUGUGCCAUCACACAAAGAUCGAGGAGGGUGUCAUCGCCAUUUUGCACUGCAUUUACAGUAUUCAUGCUUUGACGUUUUUCCCAUAGAUAUAUAUAUCUGUCUAUAUCUAUAUAUCUAUAAAGAUAUAUAUAUCUAUAUCUAUAUAUCUAUGGGAUAUAUAUAUGUGUGUAAUCUGUGUCUUUUUAUUUGCACACCAAACCAGAGCUUUGUAUUCUAUUUUUUAGCAUCGCAGAACUAUUUUUGUCAUUUUUCUGUAAAAACAAACAAAAAAGAAAUAGUUAUGCGUGUAUAUGGACCAAAUGAUUAAACCUGAGGGUGUAAAAUGAGUGGUCUUUGGGUGCUAUUCCCUGAAGACACUCGGAAGGAGUGAAUAAGUGAAGAAUUGUAAAGUGAAAUGAAAAAAGCUGCGAUGGAAUUUUUCUCCCACUUCGGUUAGAAGGGUAUUUGGGAGUUGGUUGUCGAAAUGGGGAACAUUAUAUCGUCAUUAUAGACUAAAGAAACCUCGUGCCAAGUGUUGAUGUUGUCCUUCUCCUUUAGACCAUGGAUAUGCAGUAGAAACCUCCACCAACCAUCAUACGUCACAAUCCGAUAUUUUGUGUUUUUUUCCGAAUUUUCGCCGGAAAGAAAGAUCUGUUAUCGUUUUUUUUUACGUUUUUAAUUGAAACAGGCCUUUGGAGGGUGUGUGUGUGGAGGGAAUGGAUGUUGAGUCAUUCCGGACACUUUUGACGUUUCUUCAACGCUACCCCCGCCACCCCCUCCCCCCUUCCCUUUCCCUGCUCUGUGCUGGCCGAACUAUUUGGCCUUUUGACCUCAUUUCCUUACGAGGACCGCAGCGGGCCGGGACGAACACAGGAGCGGACGCUGAGUUGCGAACUGAGUGGCCUUUUGACGGGGGGAACCUUGUGGUAGAACACACUUUGGGAUCCACCCCUCACGCUCAGCAGGACUAGCGGCGCGGAGGACAGAGAAUGCGUGCAAAAGGGAGAGGUCCAAACAAAGCGAUUAUCUUCAAUAUCGACGUGUAGAGGUUUUGCGACUGUUUGUGUUUGUGGGAAUCAGUGAGUAAAUGGGUGUGUGAGUGAGCUAGCGGACAUGAGAAACAUCCCAGAAGGAGUGUGUGUGCACCUUUGCGUGCGCACCCAUUUGUACAGAGUGUUAGUAUAAAUGUUUGAAUGAUGGCAAUGUGUGAGAAGCGUACACACACAUAGGCCUACACAUACACACACGCGUGCCCUACUAGGGUUAGUACAAAUCUAUUGUAUUCAUAUGAUAUCCAUAUGUGUGUGUGUGUGUGUGUGUGUGUGUGUGUGUGUGUGUGUGUGUGUGUGUGUGUGUGUGCGUGUGCGUGUGCGUGUGCGUGUGUGUGUGUGUGUUUCAGCAUAUCUUCAUAUAGCGUCUCCCACCUUCCUGUUACAAUACUUUUAUACCUCUGGUAGGACUGUAACCUGUAUUAUUGUGUCUUUGAAUUUAGGAAAAUAAUCCAGUGUUUAACUUCUUGUACUGUUCUUCGUAGCAGACCGUUCAAAUGAUGUACAACAAGCGUUAUCAACUCAUUUUUUUAUUUCAUUAUCGUCCGUAUUUUUUAAAAAUGGUAUGUAAUUAUUUUUCCACAGUAUUACAUAAAUAAAAAGCACUGUUUUUUAUAAAAA